AUGAUUUCACCCAUGUCAACAAAUCUACGACAGAAACAUGAUGAACAACACGAAAUUUCAACAUUAAAUACACAACAACAACAACAAAAUACACAUGAUAAUACUGCUCCUUCCGGAAACUCUAAUAAUAUUCCCUCAUUUAAACAAGACCAAACUCAGGUUUUAAUAAUGUUGGAGAAAAGUGCUUUUCUGGAAAAUUUAAUAAACACUUUAUAUCUCGAAAAAAAAAACCUACUAAACAACAUAUCGCUAAAUAACAAAGGUAAUUACCCUGCACCACCAAACUAUCAGUUUUUAAGUUAUAUAUUAACAUCUCAAUUUAAAUCGGUUGUUUUCAAAGAUGGCACUAAUUCCGUGGGAUUAAUAGACUACAUGGUAAACAUUGUUGAUUUUAACAAAGUAUGCAGUGUUUAUGUUGAUUGUCUAUACCGCUACCUUGAAUGGUGUCAAUUGGUUAAUCUAACUUUAUAUCCUAUCAAAAAUUUAGUCACUAAUAAACAAGUUUUAAAAUUUUUAAUUGAGGACCAAUUUAAAUAUUUGUAUGGGGAAGAGUUGAUCAAUUUAAAUUUUGAAGCUUUAUUAUUUUUCAGGUAUUUACAAGAGAUUAUUUUUGUAAAUAAGCCUGUUGUAAUAUAUACUACUUGUAAUGGUAUAAGCAAUGAUGAAAUUGAUACCGAGUUUGGCAAAGCGAUUUGGGAGCCUCUAGAUUCAAAUAAACUUUUGUCCUACAUACACAAAGCUUCAGUGACUAGUGAUCUUAUUGUUAAUACUAAUAACAACGCUCCAAAUUAUGAUUAUUACGAAAAUGGUACCACUAAUAGUAACGAAGAGAACAUAUAUUACUAUAAUAAAGACAACAACAAUACGAACAACAAUCAUUUAAACGAAAUACAAGCGGAAAAUAAUUUUUUAAGGCAAAAAAUUAUAGAUUUAGAAAAUCAUGUCAAUAACUUGAACGGCACGAUAAUGAAUUUACAAAAAAUAAUGCAGAAUAAUAGUAAUAGAGGUAAUAUUUCAGCUAUUAGUAAUAAUAAACUUUCUGACGAUGAGGUAGUACCGCCAACAGAAAAUACAGAACAAGUUUCUGAUUCAGGAAGAACUGCUGAAAACAUGGUAAACUCACAAAAUGGUUCUUUAUUAAAUUCGGUACCAAUUACACAUAAUAACAAACCUUCACAUUUCUAUUAUUCAGGGAAAAAUUUAGUUGCAAAAAGUGCUAACUUUACUAAAAAUACGGAAUUUCAUUCUUCAAGCACUAUGCCAGCCACUAUUGCACCUGAAGGAAAUAUAGCAUUUGACACAAGUAUUGCAAAUAAUAAUGCACCCACGCAUGAUAUUAACGUAUCAAAUUCAAACGUAUUGGGUCCUAAUUCUACCAAGACAGCUAAUUCCGACGUAAAUAAUUUAAAUUUAGGCGUAACUUCUAAUCCUAAAAUGCUCAAGACUGUUAACACAGAUAAUAAUGUUAGUAGCGGAAAUAUAACAAGCAAUGCUGUUGAAAAUGAGCGAGUUUCUCAUACUUUAGAAAAUGAUGUUCCGAUUGAAACUAUACAAAGAUCGGAUGCUUCUCCUAUGAGCAAUUCCCUUGUUACUACCAAUCCAAAUUCUUCCUCUGUACUAGUACAGCAACCUACGCUGAAUAAUGGAAGUAAUGCAGGUUCGACUAAUAUCUUCCCACAUAUAAACACAAACAAUAUGGAUAAUUACAGACGAUCUUCUUCAUUCGUAUAUUUUAAUCCAUACUACAACACUAAUACUGGUUAUAAUCAUAGUGUGGUUAGUUUCACUUCUGGAGUGAAUAAUAAUAGUAACAGUUAUGCUGUUAAUGGACCAGCUCCUAUUAGAAAUUUAAGUACCCCUUCGUUGACUGGUACGUUUACACCUAAUGUCAAUUUUCCUACUGGUACUUCCAUAUCUUUCCCCCAACAACCACAAUUUUAUACGGCAUUCACUAAUAAUCCGUAUACUUUAAAUGCAAAUAACCCUAAUUUUAUGUUUACACCUGCUGCUACUAUUCAUAGUAACAGUAAUGCAAGUGCUAAUACUAUCAACACUACAGCUUCGAGCAUAAAUUAUAUUGAUACAAUGGUUAUUGAUAAACCUGACACUAUUACUAAUACUGCUGGUGCAAUAUCUGUGUCAAAUAGUGCUACAAAUAUUCCAACUCAUGUAAUUAAUGUGGCUAGCGACGAUUUACCAACUUUUAUAGCAGAUGAUAAUAAUACGACAACGGGUAAAAGAUCAUCAACCUCUAAUCAAAUGGGAACACAUAAAAGAUAUAAAGCCGAUAGUGCAAGCCCUAAAUCUAUCACUACUAACGUUAAUGACAACGGUUAUAUUAUUGUCGACGUUGAUAACACUAACAAGGGGAAGAUUCAAGACUUUGAGACCAAGGAUAAAUAUAAAAGCGACGAUAAAGACAAAAAGAGAGAUAUAUAUUUAUAUAAAGAUCAAGAUAAGGAUAAAUUUGUGGAAAAGAGUGAUUGUAUUUUGAAGGGAACAAUAGCCAAUACCGAUGUCAACUCUAAUGAUAGAAUUUAUGGUAUUUACAAUAGUAGUCAUUCUAAUAGCACUGCUCACAGUAAUACCAAUAAUAACAAAAACAGUAGUAGCAACCAUCAUCCUAUAUUCCGGAGCAAGGCACCCGUUUUAACUAAAGGUGAUUUAUUUAAAAAACCUUAUGAUCCAAUAACUGGCAAAAAUUAUUUUUUUGUUGACGUUUCUUCCGCAGACGUUGAUUCCAAAAAAAACAAAAGGAAACAGAAGAAAAAGAGUACCAAUGAGAACAACAAAGAUGAUGGCUUAAUAUUAACGGCACCUUGCCCUGAGUUUAAUAUUCAACUAGAACAAGACAUUUGUAAUGUUUAUAAUAUCUAUAAUGAAUAUUAUGGUUCUUUAAAAAUCCAAAUUGAGGGAUAUACCCGUGACUAUGGGAAAAAGGGGCUAAUUAAAUUUACGAAAAAAAGAACGUACCAAAAAAGAAAAGCGCUGGUUGCAUUAAUCGAAAAAAUUUGUUCUUUUUAUAAUGAUGAAUAUGAUCCUGAAAAAGUUGUUGAUAUCAUUGAGAAGUAUAGACUUGAACAAAAUAAGAGCGUUGCCUGGGUUUGUAACAAUCUAAAUGAGUUUAAAAAUUCUUUAAUGGAAUAUUCUGAAGUUAUUUUUAAAGCUUUAUCUGAAGACGACAACGACGGUGGGAAUAAUGGUCAUUCUUGGAAUCCUAAUGAUAAUGAUGAUGAAGCGGAUGAUUAA